AUGGGCUCUCUCGGGCAUGAAGAAGUAGAGUACGUCCACUACCAUGCAGGUGGGAAACGGGGUUCUCGCCCCGUCCUGCGGGGAGCGGCCGCGAAGAAGACGUUCGAGUCCAUCCCGGUGAUCGACAUCUCGGGCAUCUUCUCUGACUCUCUCGAGGAGCGCAAGAAGGUGGCGAAGGAAGUGGGCAAGGCCUGCCAGGAUGUCGGAUUCUUCUACGCCGAGAACCACAAUAUCCCAGACGAGGUUAUUGACCAGACAUUCGCCGCCGUCAAGCAUUUCUUUGCGCUCUCGCACGAAGAGAAGAUGGAGGUGCACAUCCACAAAUCCAAGGCGCUCCGCGGCUACGAACCGCUGUUUGAGACCAAGAUGGAGGGCGCUGGCAAGGGAGACAUGAAGGAGGCCUUCACCAUGGGUGACGACGCCACGGAGCCCGAGUCCCAAGCGCCCAGCAGUGGCGUCUCGACGGCGAUUGAGCGCAGCAACUGCUGGCCCACAGCGUAUCCUGAGUUCCGGCCCAUCAUGUACCAGUACUUCCGCUCGGUCAGGGCGCUCUCCAAAAAGCUGAUGCAGAUCUUCGCCCUGGCACUUGAUCUGCCCGAAGACUACUUCGAUGCCGCGACAUCAUACCCCAUGGGUGGCGUGCGCAUCCUGCAUUAUCCGCCCCAGCCUGUUCCUGGCGCCUCCGAUAUUGGCCUUGGGGCGCAUACCGACUACGACUUCUUCACCCUCGUCCUCCAGGAGUCGGUCGAGGCGUUGCAGGUCCUCAAUGCCAAUGGAAUCUGGAUCGAUGCCCCGCCACGGCCGCGCAGCUAUGUGGUCAACAUUGGCGACUUCCUUAGCCGCAUCACCAACGACAAGUUCAAGUCGACGGUGCACCGCGUCGUGAAUAAAAGCGGGAAGGAGCGCUACUCGAUGCCCUUCUUCUUUAGUCCCAACCGCGAGGCCACCCUCGCCACCGUGCCCACCUGCGUCGAGGAAGGCACCAAGUACGAAGAAGUCAACGCUGGCGAGUAUUUCCGCGAGCGCCUCAUCGCUGCCAGGUACCAGCAUCCUGCCGCGAAGGCGGCCCGAGCCAUGCAGGUCGCUGCCACGGCGUGA